UGAAAUCAGAUGAGUUACAAACAAUCAAGAAGGAAUUAACCCAAAUCAAAACAAAAAUUGACUCCUUGCUAGGGAGACUGGAAAAGAUUGAAAAGCAGCAAAAAGCUGAAGCAGAAGCUCAAAAGAAACAAAUGGAAGACAAUGCUGAUUUGAUUCAAGAGGAAUGCAUAUCAGAGAAUGCAGAUAACUCUACAGAAGAGCCAAUUGAAGGAGGGCCAGAUGCAGAUGGGGAUGGAGAAGAUAUGACUGAUGGGAUAGAGGAGGAUUUUGAUGAGGAUGGCAGCAAUGAGCUGGAUGAAUAUUCAUUCGUAGUCAAUGAGCAAUUAGUUCACACAAAGAGGAACAGUUUCAGCUGGAAAGAUUCAAAAAGUCCUAUCUCAGAAAACCCUGCAGCCCUGUAUCAGGGAGGUGGUGGUGGGAGACUCAAAGCCUGUGAGGCAGUGAGUGGAGUUGGUCCUGCCUAUGCCAUAGCUGGGUUGUCUAUGCUAAGCAACGAGCUACUGGACAAAGCAGAGCUACAAGAAGAGUGGGACUGGAUAAACACUCAUCCCAGCUGUUCCCAUGGGAGAAGAGAAAUAUUCCUGAGAUCCACUGGCAGAUGCUUCCCAAGAAGACAGACUAUGCCUCUGCUUCAGGGAAGCAAACAGCAAAUGGUAGUGGCUGGAGGGCACUGCAGAGGCAAAAGCAAAGGGAAGACAGAGACGCAGAGACCAGUAAGGGCUUGCCAAGGAACCAGUGUUUGGGCCAAGGAGCAGAAUACAGGGGUUCACCUCUGGUUUAGAGUUAGAGCCACUUUGCUCAGUCCAGCUACACCAAAGCAGCCCUGUAACCCAGCUGCAAACCUGGCUGAAAAGCAAUCAGCAUUGAGCAAUAGAGUAAUUUUCAGAGAAGGAAGGGCUGAGUCCCAGGGGCAAUCCCCACCACGAGGGUUAUGGGAUCCACUCCGACCACAGCUUUAUGAACCUUAA